AGGGCAGGGUUGGGCAAGAGAAAAAAAAGAAUAAAGGGAGAGGGACAAAGAAAGGUCUUCGCCGCCAUUACGUUCAAAAAUGGAAACUUUCUUUUUGCUGAUGGUGAUAGGCUAAACCUCUCAGAUCCAUCAAACUGACUUAACGAAUCCACACAUUCCUGAACGGAUCAAACGUCGACCCCACCACUCGCCUUCUCUCUCCCUUGUACACCUUCCGCGUAUUAUCCAAAAAUAUAUAGAGCUUUAGAGAAGAGAUUCUUUGUAAUUAGAGUGUCGGUUCCUUUUUUAGAGAUUCGGAAACUUAAGUGGUGUUCUGUCCAGAGAUUAGAUUCGGAUUUGCCAAUGAACUUAUUAGAUGAAGAGCAUUUCAAUGUGGAGAUUGAGAAUGGGAUGAAAAACGGUUGCCUCGAUCUUCCUUUCGAGUUACAACCAGAGACCAUAGCGAUCCAGGAAGCUGUCAAAGUUAUACUAAAAGGUCUCGGCGAGGAUAUCAACCGUGAAGGCAUUAAAAAGACUCCCUUUCGUGUCGCCAAGGCUCUCCGACAAGGAACCAGAGGUUAUAAGCAAAAAGUAAAGGACUUUGUGCAGAGUGCUCUGUUUCCAGAGACGGGAUUAGCCGAUGGGCAAGCGGGAGGAGUUGGUGGUCUUGUUGUGAUCCGAGACCUCGACCAUUACUCUUACUGUGAAUCCUGCUUGCUUCCUUUUCGAGUCAAGUGUCAUAUAGGAUACGUCCCUUCUGGGGGACGUGUUCUUGGACUAAGCAAGUUCUCUAGAGUCGCAGACGUUUUUGCUAAGCGGCUCCAGGAGCCUCAGCGUUUAGCUGGUGAGAUAUGUUCGGCUCUGCAGCAUUGGGUGGAACCAUCUGGAGUCGCUGUUGUUCUCCAAUGCUCGCAUCCCCACUUUCCCGGUUUUGUGGAGUUAACGGUUACCUCCGGUUCAGGGGGGUUUGAGGAUGAAAGUUCGGAGCUUUGGUGUGAGUUUCUGAGUCUUUUGAAGUUCAAACUGCGUAGAGAUGUCUCUAUGAAAGACUGGUGCCCGUUUGUUAUUGAAAACUCAUCCAAAGAAGCAGAUUCGGGAAUGGUUUCUGCUGUAGUCUCUAUCCUGAAAGCUUUAGGAGAAGAUCCCUCAAGGAAAGAGCUAGUUUCCACUCCAACCAGGUUUCUAAAAUGGAUGAUGAAGUUCCAGUAUGUUAACUUUGAGAUGAAACUGAAUAGAUUUGAUUACAACCUCAAGGAGAGAAGGCUGAGUUGUGAGAUGAAUAUUCAGUUUUGGUCAAUGUGUGAGCAUCAUUUGCUUCCUUUCUAUGGAGUUGUGCAUAUUGGCUACUUCUGUGAUGAUGGACCAAAAGCUCUUGAGAGGUCGUUGGUGGAGUCUGUUGUAAAGUUUUAUGGGUUUAAGCUGCAAGUGCAAGAGAGGAUGACUCGGCAAAUAGCGGAGACAUUGUCACCACAGGUUAGUGGGGAUAUAAUUGUGGUGGCGGAAGCUGAGCAUACUUGUAUGAUCUCUAGGGGGAUUGAGAAGUUUGGGAGUAGCACAGCUACAGUUGCGGUUUUAGGUCGGUUUUCGAGUGACCUUUCUGUAAGAACCAAGUUCCUAGAGAGUAUUCAGAAAACAGAUUAGAAGAGGCAUAUUGUCUCUCACAGGAUUAGAUAGAUCUUUAGAAUUGGGGAUCAAGAUAAGUCAGUGUUCCAUGUUUGUGUUGUCUACUUAUGGUUCUGACUUGUUUCCUGUUUUCUACCAUUGUUUUGUGUUCUGAUUUCUCAUGCCUAAGUAUGUUUGGCUUUGAAAUAUAUUUGUUACGUUCUUCUGAUUA